AGGCUACGGCCUCGUCGGCAUACCGCUGCUUACAAAUUGACGUCAUCAUCUUGAUUGCAAAUCAAAUUUAGGCCAAGAGGUGUAUAUAAGGAGAGAACAGACCAUCUACUAGAUAGCCCGCAUUAUUAAAUAAUAACACAUCUCGAUACGUCAAGAAGUCAUUAUGCGGCCCCUCUCCUUUGUACGUUGGAGCAUCACUCUAGCUACAGCCGCCGCCACCUCACAGGGUAACACAUCAAAUUAUGACCCGCGUCCGUACAGAAUCGAUGUCUCCCCCAAAUUAAUCGAAGAGAUCCGUUUCAAGGCUGCCUAUUUCCGCCCUACGGUGAAUAUUGCAGCCCCAGACUGGUUCGAUGGACCGCCUGUCGCUAAUGUCUCGCAAGUUGCCGAAUACAUCGCCAAUGAAUAUGACUGGUGGGAUUAUCAACAUAUGGUAAACUCCAACUUCUCACAUUAUUACACUACAGUGGCAGCUCCGGGUAACUUCUAUCCCCAUGAAGUCGACAUCCACUUCAUCCAUCAGCGGAGCAGCCGGAAGAACGCGAUCCCACUCCUCCUCCUUCAUGGCUGGUCAAGCAGUAGCCUCGAGUGGGAGAAGGUUAUACAUUCGCUUACUAAUCCGCAAGAUGCCUCACAGCCAGCGUUCCAUGUUAUUGCACCAGACCUGCCCGGGUUCGGUUUCUCGCCCGCGCCGGUGGCCCCGGGCUUAGGUGGCCCAGGGCAUGCUGCCAUUUUUGCCAGCCUGAUGGAACAGCUGGGCUACAAAUCGUACGCUGUGUAUUCCACGGACCUAGGGUACGUGGUUGCAACUCAAAUGAUAGAGCAGUAUGGGGAGCGAAUCGUGAAUCAUGUAACGGAUUUUUACUUUGUGCCGCCAAACGCUACUGAUUUGCAACGCUUUGCACAAAAUCAGACAACAGAGGAGGAGACGCGAUAUAUAACUUCCCUCAACGCCUUUUUGAACACCCACUCGGCAUACUCGGCUGUUCACGAUACAUAUCCGCUCUCAAUAGCCUACGCGCUGAACGACUCUCCCGUAGGGUUUGUGGCAUGGAUAUGGCAGAUUGACGCUACGGUGCGAGAUUUAUCAGUACCUUUCUCUUUAAAGGAAAUGGUUUCACAGGCCCUCGUCGUGCUUAUUCCUGGCGUGUAUGGAAAUAUUCGCAGCUAUAAGGAACUGUUCCCUAUUUUCUUCAAGGGGCCCAAACCAAGUCGCGUGCCAACUUCUGUCACGCAGUGGGGAUUACCGAAGCCGUUAUAUCCUGAUGUGGCGUACUUUACAACUGUGCCAAAGGAUUGGGUUCAGCGUACGGCAAACGUUACUUUCUUUAGGCGCCAUGACAGGGGCGGUCACUUCCCAGCAUAUUCUUAUCCAGAAUUAUGGCUUACGGCCGUUUGGGAUGCAUUUUCUGGCCUGAACAUUUAACAGUAGUUUGCCGGAUUAUCGCGCGCUCUUCUGAUCGCUGUGGGCGUCUCACUUUGCUAGUACCAUCUUUCGUUAUAUAACUGACUCGACUGACUCCUGCUAAGAUUUUAUGUGUACUUACGAGUGCAACAUGUCGUAAUCCGCUGGAUUAUCUGAGAAUAUAUAGAAUCAGCUCUACUCAAACGCCAGGUUGGUUGUGUGAUUAAAGACUAUUGCUUGAUAGAGUUAAAUGGGAAUAGCGACAUCUCCGGCCUCAGACAACAGGCUUGCAAAGAUAAGAGUACAUGGCUAUAAACAAAUAGAAGCCGGUCCUUUAGCUAGUCCUAUUGGUUGCUCCACUUGUCGUAUUUCUAUCGGCCUACUAUAUAACAAAAUAACACAAGUCUGUAGCAGAGACGACCAUAGAUACUGGAGAACUCGUAAUCGCAACCAGCUCUCAUAUUUGAUCUGCUGAGCCGCUAUCACUUAUAAGCUGCGGCGCCAAGUCAAUCGCAGAAAAUAUUCAGGUUCACCAAAACAAUAAUAAGUGUUGGUUCAAGGCUCAAUAACACGUGUUAUCGAAAGGUGAGAGGUUGUAGGGUUAAAUCAUUGUUGUUUUCUUCAAGUUCCAUGGU